AUGAGUUAUGCAAAAAAAGGAAGUUUGAAAAAUUGUUUAUCUGAUAUAAUUAAAUUUAAAUGGCAAGAAAAGUUACAAUUAUUGAAAAACAUUGUAUUAGGGCUCAAAGUAAUUCAUGAAUCAAAUUUAGCUCAUGGUGAUUUUCAUGAUGGCAAUAUUUUAAUAUCAGAUAAUUAUAAUGAGUUAUUUAUUAUUGACUUAGGAUUAUGUAAACCUAUAAAUGAUUUACAAGAUUCUGACAAUAAAAUUAAUGAAAUUUAUGGAAUUGUACCUUAUAUGGCACCUGAAACAUUAAGACAAAAACCCUAUACACCAGCAAGUGAUAUUUAUAGUUUUUCAAUGAUAAUGUGGGAAUUUACAUCAGGUAUUCCUCCAUUUAAUCAUGUAGCACAUGAUCAUCUCCUUAUUUUGAGUGUUUGUAAAGGGGAACGCCCUGAAAUUAUUGAAAAUACUCCAAAAUGUUAUAUAGAUUUAAUGAAAAGAUGUUGGGAUUCAGAUCCUUCCAAUAGACCAACCAUAACAAUGCUUGAAGAUAUUAUAUCAGAGUGG